GACAAAACUACUGGUUUGGACAAUGAAAACGACACAAAUCGCCCAGUACGCUCUGAGACUCACAUAUUCGCAGCCUGCGAGUCGUGACAAAAUGAUGACUAGAUCGGCGUUCGCAUUGGCAGCCAUCGGUCUCGGCCUCUCAACGUUUAGCGUCCGUCAGAUGAUCAUCAAUCAGACCAGACGAAUCUAAACUAAAUCAAUAAGGUUCUAGAACCAUCCUUAAAGAACCGCUUAUAGACGCCAUUAUAAGAUUAAAUGACAUUUCAAAAUGGAGGAUUAACGCACACAAAAAUAAAUCUUAAUAACGUGCACAUAGAAGUUGUACAGUAUUUAUUGUGUUGUGUGUGAGAUAAAAAAAAUUGUAAAACUUUAUUAUGUAAAAAUUGUAACUUAUUUAUAAUUUUAAUUGUGUUUGCUUGUGUGGCCCUAAUAGGCAAUUCUUUUAAAUUCUUAGCAUAAAGUUUUAAGUAUAGUUAUGGAUGGUAAUGAUUAUGAUCGAUUGACUGAACGGUAUCAUGCAGUUUUUUGUGAUGAAAACCAAAUAAAUAUAUACACUAAGUA